UGGGGAGCCCGAGCCUUUCGUGGCUAGGUGUCCGGGUCGGUCCAAGGUCCCCUCGGCUCACCGGAAGAAGCGCUGCCAGCUGGUUCAAGGAAGAUGUUGCAUGCUGACAAUACUACCAAGAACUGAAGUUCACACAAAUAAUUUGUUCCUGGGCUUUGGAAAUAGCCUAGGUAUGUAAUCUUGGGCAAGAUGCCCAGUCUCUGAAUCUGAGUUAAAGAUAAAUAAAAUGGAGUUUUAAACCUCGGGAUCAACAGAAUUGUAUUCAGAGUGUAGGUGGCCUACUAAAAACACCAAUAAUUAAAAGUGAUGUUAUUGCUACUACCGCACCUAUCUCUAUAGUGAAUACUGCAAACAGCGCUAGAAUUCGUCCCUGUCUUCCAGAUCUUGCUCCUCUACAACACAGCUCAGCGUAUCUGAAGGUGGCUGGAGUGAGACAGACAGCGAUGUACCUGCAGGCAGGAACUACAACAGGUCAGGCUUCUCUGAGCUCAAGGUCGGCUGAAAUGCAAUUCCAGGAGCGCUGUGUGUCGACCACUGCGGACUGGAGAGGACGCUGCGUGGGUCCCUGGGCCUCGGUGACCAGGCGCCCCUGAAGUCAGUGAUGGACGAGACUCCUCAGGCAAAGGACACAACUCAGUUACAACCCAGACCCGAACUCCACGGCCCCGGAGUGACGUAGCAGCCGUGUGAGAGAGCCCCUCACACUAUUGGUCACUGCCACCCAGUGGGCAGACCGCUGCGCAAACCAGCUGCGCAGUAAGCGCCACCUUUGCGGCAAUAAGUCCCCCAGCUCGGCUAUCUCCAUGGCGACCGCUGUCAAAGUUACGUCAUCGCCUUGCGCUGCCCAGAAGUGAUUGUCCCUGCUUCUGGGUCAGCCGGGAAGUCCAGACCUUCCAUCACGGACCGAGUUAAGCAAACUGAUGAAGCGUCCACCCAGUGACCAUGGCGGUGUUUCACGAUGAGGUGGAGAUCGAGGACUUUCAAUAUGACGAGGACUUGGAGACAUAUUUCUACCCCUGCCCCUGUGGGGAUAACUUCUCCAUCACCAAGGAAGAUUUGGAGAAUGGAGAAGAUGUGGCAACGUGUCCUAGCUGCUCUCUCAUUAUAAAAGUGAUUUAUGACAAAGAUCAGUUUAUGUGUGGAGAAGCAGUCCCAGCACCUUCAGGCAACAAAGAGUUAGUUAAUGCUGAAGUCCCCAGGAACCCAAAUCCUGAGCAGCAGGGAAGGAGCCCAGGUGGAUGGAUCAAGUGCUGAGUAGACAACCUCUUCACAGGACAGCUGUCUGUGGCUGGCUCUUCCAUGUGGAUCUUCAUCAGCUGCUGAAUUCAUCAUAAACACAUGAGCCUGUGACAUGUCAGACCUGGAUUUCAUGUUCCCAUGGAAUUGGAAGGAUUCCUAAUUGUCCAUGUGAAUUUGAAGGAAGAUCCUUAUAAACUGGUGCUUUUCCUUUCUCUCAGUUGCAUCAUUUCAGUAUCUUAAAACUAAUUCAUUUUCUGAAAACAGCAUCGUCCACCUCAAUCCUGAGGCUCUUUAUUUUAUAAAGAUUUAUUAUUUUAUUUUUAA